AUGUUCCGCACCGCAGUGAUGAUGGCGGCCAGCCUGGCACUGACCGGGGCCGUCGUGGCUCAUGCCUACUACCUCAAGCACCAGUUCUACCCCACCGUGGUGUACCUGACCAAGUCCAGCCCCAGCAUGGCAGUCCUCUACAUCCAGGCCUUUGUCCUUGUCUUUCUCUUGGGCAAAGUGAUGGGCAAGGUGUUCUUUGGACAGCUGAGGGCAGCAGAGAUGGAGCACCUUCUGGAACGUUCCUGGUAUGCCGUCACUGAGACUUGUCUGGCCUUCACUGUCUUUCGGGACGACUUCAGCCCCCGCUUUGUUGCACUCUUCACUCUCCUUCUCUUCCUCAAGUGUUUCCACUGGCUGGCUGAGGACCGUGUGGACUUUAUGGAACGCAGCCCCAAUAUCUCCUGGCUCUUUCACUGCCGCAUCGUCUCCCUUAUGUUCCUCCUGGGUAUCCUGGACUUCCUCUUCGUCAGCCAUGCCUAUCACAGCAUCCUGACCCGUGGGGCCUCUGUGCAGCUGGUGUUUGGCUUUGAGUAUGCUAUCCUGAUGACUAUGGUGCUGACCAUCUUCAUCAAGUACGUGCUGCACUCCGUGGACCUCCAGAGCGAGAACCCCUGGGACAAUAAGGCCGUGUACAUGCUCUACACGGAGCUGUUUACAGGCUUCAUCAAGGUUUUGCUGUACAUGGCUUUCAUGACUAUCAUGAUCAAGGUGCACACCUUCCCUCUCUUUGCCAUCCGGCCUAUGUACCUGGCCAUGAGGCAGUUCAAGAAGGCCGUGACAGACGCCAUCAUGUCUCGCCGAGCCAUCCGCAACAUGAACACGCUGUAUCCAGAUGCCACCCCGGAGGAGCUCCAGGCAACGGACAACGUCUGCAUCAUCUGCCGAGAAGAGAUGGUGACUGGCGCCAAGAGACUGCCCUGCAACCACAUUUUCCAUACCAGCUGCCUGCGCUCCUGGUUCCAGCGGCAGCAGACCUGCCCUACCUGCCGUAUGGACGUCCUUCGGGCAUCACUGCCGACCCAGUCACCACCACCCCCUGAACCUGCGGAUCAGGGGCCACCACCUGCUCCUCACCCCCCACCACUGCUGCCCCAGCCCCCUAACUUCCCCCAGGGCCUCCUGCCUCCCUUUCCUCCAGGCAUGUUCCCGCUGUGGCCCCCCAUGGGCCCCUUUCCACCCGUCCCGCCUCCCCCCAGCUCAGGAGAGGCUGUGGCCCCUCCGCCCACUAGUGCAGCCCUUUCUCGGCCCAGCGGAGCAGCCACGACCACAGCUGCCGCCGCCUCCUCCGCCUCCGCCUCGGCACCUGGCUCUGCCCCUGCCCCCGAGGCCGGCCCCGCUCCGGGCUUCCCCUUCCCUCCACCCUGGAUGGGCAUGCCACUGCCUCCACCCUUUGCCUUCCCCCCGAUGCCCGUGCCCCCCGCGGGCUUUGCUGGGCUGACUCCGGAGGAGCUGCGGGCUCUGGAGGGCCACGAGCGGCAACACCUGGAGGCUCGGCUGCAGAGCCUGCGCAACAUCCACACCCUGCUGGACGCCGCCAUGCUGCAGAUCAACCAGUACCUCACCGUGCUGGCCUCCCUGGGGCCCCCUCGGCCUGCCGCCUCAGUCAGCCCCACUGAGGAGACCCCUGGAGUCGUCACUGCUGCCACCCCCACCGGCAUCCCCAGCUCGGAGGCCACCACCCCAUCCCCAGGAGACUCCCCACCGGCCCCUGAACCUGACAAGCCUCCAGCUCCCGAGUCCGUGGGCACGGAGGAGCUGCCUGAGGACGGGGAGCCUGAUGCCGCAGAGCUCCGCCGCCGCCGCCUGCAGAAGUUGGAGUCCCCUGUUGCCCACUGA